AUGCCCACCAACGAUGGAACUGUCGAUGACCCUCACCGAGUUGGUUUUAACGGAGCGAAGGACUUCAUCACGUGCCUCCAUGGGAUCAGCCUUCGCCCUCUCCGUUCUAUGGAUAAAUCCAGUUCCGAGUUCUCGGCCGACCUGGAGGGUUACCUGUCAGUGUUAGACAGGGGCGGAAGUAUUGCCUCCGGCCGCGGACAUGAAUUGGCUAGUGUUCGCUUGGGCAAGUUGCUAGAAACCCUUUUUUUGACCCCAACACCCUCUGUGAGGGAGGGGCCACCAUUGACCUGGGCGACGGUCGUCCUCUUCGCCGGCCCUCACUUUGAAGGCCCAUCAAAGCUAAAAAUCGGAGAAUCCUUGGUCGAACUACCAGAAUCUGACCUCGGACUCCUUAGCUCUGGUAGGCCUUGGCGGUUUUUGUACCCUUGGCCCGAUAAAGACGAUUGCGAAAAGGAACUUCGGUCAAUUGAGACGGCGUUACAGGAGCUUAACAAUACUCGGCAGACAAUACAUGAAGGUGAGCGGCCCAUGGCCAGUCUUUUCUCUAUGAUAUUGCAAAGACUAAACUGGGCGACGGCAGUUUUGAGAAAGAUGCUGGUGGUUGAGCAACGUCUCACGAAUCAUCAUGAUGUAGUUGCUCAACUCCUCCAAGACGAGCCGCAGGCUGCUCUUCAAAGGAAAACUCUGGAAUUUGGCCGUGAUCGAGCGAAUCCUCCCAAUGAAGCCGCUUCAAAUGUGGGGACUUCUGACGCCAGAGUCCCGAGAGAGGAUGCUGUAAGCGACAGUUAUCAACCUCCCCUGCCACAGGAGGUUCAUGAACGCUGCAGUAAUCAAUCUAUUCAGCCAACCAUUGAAGAACUACGUGACAAAGGCGAGGCAGGGGACUCUGUUUCAGGAAACAGUAUGCAACACGAAAAUCCACAGCCCAUGACCAUUACAGGUGAAAGAUCCAGAUUACAUUUAUCUGAUUUUAUCCAAACCUUGAGCGAGUGA